UAACAGUGUGGACCCAGGGAACACUUUCCCUGCACUUGCAGUAGUUGACACCAUCUGAUUUUUCAAUCUCGGCUUCACACACAGGACAGGAGGAGACACACACACACACACACACACACACACACACACACACACAGAGAGAGAGAGAGAGAGAGAGAUGAGUAAUCCUGCAAUUUCCUUUGUGUUGCAAAAGAUCUGUAACCUCCUUGUUGAGGAAGCAGUUUUGUUGCAUGGGGUGCGGGGACAAGUGGAAUGGGUGGUUUCUGAACUGCAGUGGAUGCAGAGCUUCCUCAAAGAUGCAGAUUCAAGACAGAGAAAGGGAGAUGAACUAGCUAAGAACUGGGUGAAGGAGGUCAGAGAUGUUGCUUUUGAAGCAGAAGAUGUUAUUGACAAUUACCUGCUCAAGCUUGGGUGUCUACGGCGAGAGAAAGGCCUGUUGGCCUCAGUUACAAGGUAUGCUUCCUUUGCUGAAGUGAUAGCCCGCCAUAAGAUUGCGACAAAGAUCAACUGGCUAAAAAAAAAGAUCUCGGAGAUUGCUGAGAGUAAAGUUAGGUAUGGCCUUGUUAAUAUUGGAGAAAGUGGGGAAGAUCAGAUUAGUUUUAUUGAUGAAGGCUUGCAGGCACGUCGGAAUCUAUCUCCGUAUCUCUAUGAUGAAACUAUUGUUGUUGGAUUUCAGCAUGACAUGGAGUUUCUCUUGAAUCAACUUACUGAUGUGCAAAACCUGAGACGUAGUGUUGUGUCCAUUGUUGGAAUGGGCGGCCUUGGGAAGACGACUCUUGCAAAAAGGAUAUAUAGCAACAAUGUGAUUAAGCAGCAUUUUGAUGUUUGCUUGUGGAUGACUAUAUCCCAAGUUUACAACGUCAUUGAUAUCCUGAAGAUUAUCAUCAGUAGAGUUGUUGACCUUAAGAGGGGUGAAUUAGAAGGAUUGGAUGAAACCGGGAUGAAGGAGAAGCUUCUUAACUCAUUGAAUUCAAGGAGGUAUUUAAUAAUUAUGGAUGAUGUGUGGGAGAAGAAUUUUUGGAAUCGAAUAAAGGGAGCCUUCCCGGAUGCUAUGAACGGAAGCCGGGUGUUGAUCACUACUCGUGUCAUUGAAGUAGCGAGACAUGCUGACCCAAUGACCAUUCCAUAUGAAUUGUCAUUUCUGCCAGAGGACAAGAGUUGGGACCUUUUCCUUUUGAAGGCCUUUCCAGCAGGAUUAGAUAGCAGUGUGGAAGAGUUGGAGGACAUCGGCCGACAGCUAGUAAAAAGAUGUGGAGGAUUGCCUCUUGCACUGGUGGUGUUGGGAGGACUUCUUUCCAGGAAGGAUCCUCAUCCUGCUGUGUGGUCAGAGGUGGCUGAGAGCAUGGACUGGGAUUCGACAAAAGAUGGCCAAGAAUGCUUGAAGAUAUUGGCAUUGAGCUACUGCAACCUUCCACAUCACUAUCUCAAGUCAUGCUUCUUGUAUCUAGCUGCCUUCCCAGAAGACUCCGUGAUUCUUGCUUCCAAGUUGAUCAAGCUAUGGAUUGCCGAGGGCUUCAUACCUCAGAGACAGAAGCAAACCAUGGAAGAAAUUGCGAGGGGUUACUUAGAUGAACUUGUGCAGAGAUGCAUGAUUCAGGCUGUCAAGAAAAGGGAUUAUGAUAACAGUGUCAAGAAGAUCCGGAUCCAUGAUGUCCUGCAUGAAUUUUGCAUAGCAGAAGCCAGGGAGGAUGGAUUGAUGAAUGUUAAUUGCUUGGAGGCUAGAAGUACUUCACAAUUCACUUCACGGCGUCUAGCUUUGCAAAAUUAUGAAUCAUCUCUCUGUUGUUCCUCUGCUUCAAAACGGUGCACUCUGUUGGGGUGUCUAGCUCUGCAAAAUUAUAAGUCAUCUUACUGGCGUUCCUCUGCUUCAAAACUGCGCACUCUGUUGGCUUUCAACUUAAAAACAGACGUCAUGUUCCUGAAUGUUUUGAAGCUACUAAGAGUCAUUGAUCUGGAGGGUGCAGGAGGGGUGAAAGAAUUGCCAAAGGAGAUUGAGACACUGACUCUCUUAAGAUAUAUGGGACUAAGGAAUUGUGCAUCACUGCAAAAGCUCCCUGCCUCUGUUGGAAAUCUCCUAAGUUUACAAAUUCUAGAUAUUCGUAGCACUUGCAUAAGAGAAUUGCCAAAUGGUAUUUGCAAGAUCCAGACGUUGAGUGUUUUAAACAUAACCUGGGGUUGUAUACUUCCACCAAAGAUUUUCAACUUGAAAAACCUUCAAAUUCUUAAAGACGCAGAUGCUUCGGGGGGAUGGAUUGAGCAAGACUCUGGGAAGAUGAUCAAUUUGCGUGUUUUGGGAAUAUCAGGAAUGACAAGUUCACAGAAUUCAGCUGUAUGCCGCUUGCUUGGUAAUCUAACUCGCCUGGUCUCCUUGAAGGUACGCAGGUCAGAAUCACUACCAUCGAGCAUCAUCACUACCUUGUCGAAUAAUAUGCGAUUCCGCAAGUUGGAGUUACAUGGUGUGUUGAAUUUGGCACAACGAAAGCUUCCUAGCCACGAUCUGUUCCCACGGUAUCUAAGCAAACUCACACUUCGUGCAUCUCUGUUGCUGCAUGACCCAAUGCCUGUGUUGGAGAAUCUCCGGAGCUUGGCCGUGCUUAGAUUGGUACGCCGAGCAUAUGAAGGGAAAGAGAUAGUUUGCUCUACUGGCGGAUUCCCUAUGCUUCAAAUCUUGGAACUGUCUGGCAUGGAGCAGUUAGAAUGUUGGAGAAUGGACGGUUGUGCAAUGCUUAAACUAAGAUGCUUAUACAUCUCAGUUUGUCCUAGGCUUCAGAUGCUACCCGAGGGUCUGCGGAACAUGGGCUCACUUCAAGAGUUGAAGGUCUCUGGCAUGUCGGAUGAAUUCCAAAGCCGGGUUCAUGUAGAUGGUGAAGAUUGGCACAAGAUCCAGCACGUGCGUUCAGUUGACUUCUGCUGAUCUUUGCAUGGAAUUCAACUCUGGUGCCCACUUUCGAGCAGUUUCUCUUGAUGAUACUGUUUCUUCUCCAAAUGGUCUUAAUACACCAGCAAGUUCAUCAAGUCUCUCUUGUUGUAGCAACUGUGCACAUAGCUCCAGGAGGGACUCCAGAGCGUCAGCCCUUUGUUGGAUGAUGC